AUGUCGAGGGCAUUUGUCCCGUGGUCCAUCAGAUCCAAUUUGGACAAAAUUCCUAUGGUCCUUUUUCCCAAUGGAUCGACCUGUCUAGCAAGUUUCAAAGAUUCGGAAUUAACCAAAUCAACGUUGGCUGGAGAAACAGCAAGAAUGAUGGAGUUUGGUUUCGAGAUGUAUUCCAAAAUCAAGUUCUUGAUCUGUCUCUCGAUAUCCGUUGGCUGGUCGCCAAUAGGGAUUUUUGUAAGACCGGGCAAGUCCACCAUUGUCAAAUUGAGGACAUUUGGAGAAUACACUUUCAAAUUGAUCGGUAUUCUACUGAUUCCCUUGUUCUUACCUGCAAUUCUAGCUGUCUCAUUCUCGAUCUCUUUUCUGAUGUUGUCGAAGUUGUAG